AUGCAGCGCUUGUCUGUCGUCCUCCACACCGCCGUGGCGUGGCAGACGGUGAACGAGCUAGCGUGCGGGGAGAGCGGCAUUGUGCAUGCGACGGACGGCUCAACCCGCGGCGGCGCCUCCGUGGUCGGCAAGGUUGGCCCCGACGGCCAGAUCGUCCUCGACGAGGAGCGGCGCCCGACGAUCGACGUGCUCGCCUCGCCUCCCGCCGUCACGUCGCGCUGCUUCCUCGACGUGAGCAUCGGCGGCCGGCCUGCGGGCAAGAUCGUGAUCGAGCUGUGGGGCGAGGUGGCGCCGCGCGCGGUGGAGAACUUUCGCGCGCUCUGCACCGGUGAGAAGGGCUACGGGUACGCUGGCUCCUCCUUCUACACCGUCCUGUCCGGGCUGACGGUCCAGGGCGGGCAGAUCACCGGAGGACCGUACAGCGGCAGCGGUCCGAGCUACGCGGGGCCGACCUUCGCGCACGACAACUACGCGAUCCGGCACAACACGGCGGGUCUCGUCAGCAUGGUCAACAGCGGCAAGGGCGGCGGCUCGGGGCAGAGCGACAGCCGCUUCCUGAUCCAGCUCGUGGUGCGGAAGCUCGAGGCGGUGCCGGUCUCGGGCACAAAGAACCGGCCGCUCGAGCCGUGCAGCAUAGACGCCGCCGGCGAGCUGCCGCGGGCGGCAAGCUAG